AUAUCCACUUUCUUUACAUAUUUUCAUUGAUAUGAGAACCAAUGCACGCAAAUGAUUUUUAGGUCAAUAAUUUUCAAUUCAUGCUGAAAAGAAUGAGAAGAAGUUGGGUGGAAUUGAAAGAAGUUGGAAGGAAUUUGAAGGAGUUGGAGAAUGGGAAAGGAGUUGGAAGAAAUGAGAAGUUGGAAAAAACCCAAGGGAGAUAGAAAACAAAAUUUCUUAUCGAAAAAAACAGAGCUUAUAAUGAGAUUUUGCAGAACAUUGCGUAUGCCCCAGGACCUUUAUGCCUCAUGGUGUUAAUGGUGAAAAAGAGGCUCAAGUUUUACAGAUGACCAACUGCUGAGAUUAUUGGAAUUAAAUUCUUGGCAAUUGCUGAGAUUGCUUCAUGCACAGUUGCCGGAUUUAGUUUGUGAAAAGGAUUUAUGCAAUGGCUCCAGUGAAGAGAAUUGUAUGUCAAGUGGUCCAGAAGAAAUGCUUUGUUCCAUGUAUCUGGAGGCUGCAUCUCUCCAUGGAUCUUGGAAAGCUAGAAGAUGCUUCAGGUCAAUUAGUGCAGAUGAUCUCAGCAGCAUCAUUGCAGCAUAUUAUAAAUUUUUAAGAGCAGCAAGUGAGUGUCUAUCUCGAAGAGCAACUUAUAAACCUUUUGGUCUCCUUGCAUCUGGAGUAGCUUUCAUGUUCCUGUCCUGUAUGAUGAUUCUGGGUAUUCUGUUCUCUUUACGCCAAGAAAGUUUUGCUGGGGAUGGAUCAUCUUUAUCUUGUGCAAAAGCUUGCUUGAACUGGUGGCAUCUAGAUGAGGCGUUUAAUUUGUUUAUGAUCACAAUGCUUGUUGUUAGCAUGGGAUCUAGUUCAAUGAUAGAGGAAGAGCAAUACAUAUGGUACUUCUUUACCACCUCGUUUUAUUUGGUGGUACUCCGAAAGUUGAUGCAGUCUUAUACAUCACAAACUACACAAAAUUUGAAUAGUAGGAGCACUAUUUCUAAUAGCAGAUUUGAUCAGAUUCCUUUGGUUAUUGUUCUUGUUUCUGGAAGAUUUUUGAGGGGGUGGCAUCAAGGUGGUGUUAACUGGAUCUAUCUUCCCGACAUUGCAAAAUGGCUUGAACAAGCAGGUGGUGCUUAUAUAAAGUUGUUGCAGGUGGUGUCAGUUGUCCUGGUAAUCAGCAUACACUUAAUUUCCGUGCUGCGGUUGAAAUGGGCAAAUAGAAAAGAUGUGGCUUUGGCUGUACUGAUCCAUUCAUUCCCUGGAUCAUUGGUUCUUAUGUAUAUUACAAAGUAUCAAGACCUUGCAUUUGCGGAAUCCAGUUUUUCAGCUAAUUUAAUGGCCCAGAUAAUAUAUGCAACUCUGUUUAUUUAUGCAGUUGGGGCUGCUAUUGUUGCUCCAUGGGCCAUGAUGCAUCCCAGAAAUAGUUUUUUCUUGUCCAAUGAUUCUUUGGAGUUUCAAAAACAAAUUCCAUUGGUGCUUCGAGAUUCAAGCUAUGUAGUUGGGUCCAUGUAUAUAUACUGUUGGUGUCUUCUACAGCUGUUACUACUGCAGCCUGUUAAUUCAGUAGCCUUUUUAUUGCUUUUGAUGCAAAUUUUAGGCAGCAUUUGGCACUUUUCUCAUUCCAACCAACUUGUUCGACAAUGGACGGAGGUUGCUGCACUCUAUUAUGUGGGGAUGGCAGGUCACUUUGGUCUUGGUAACACCAAUACCCUUGCCACCAUUGAUGUUGCCGGUGCUUUUGUGGGCGUGUUGAAUCAUUCCACACUGCUUUCUGGUGUCUUAAUGUUUGUCAUCACAUAUGCAUCCCCAAUUUUAUCUAUGCUUAGUAUGGUACUGUACAUUGCUAUGAAGAAAGACACUGCGGUGAUAAAAUAUUCAGAUGAACACGGUUUUGGGCACUUGCUCAAGAUGCUAAUUGGUUUUCCUUGUCUGGUUCCUUUGGGCUUGAAUUCCAUUCUGCUGAUUGCCUAUACAAUUGUAUUGCUUCUAAUGAGGAACCAUUUGUUUGUCUGGAGUGUCUUUUCUCCCAAGUACUUAUAUGUGUGUGCUACCACGGCUUGCGUGUAUAUUGGUGUAACCAUUGUGGCAUUGACUGUGUCGUACGUAUCAUUGGUCUGUGCAUUUUGUUGCACAAAAACGCAAGGAUCUUGUAAGACCAGAGAAUUGAAGAAGGAUUGAAAUUGAGACCAACUUCCUUGCACUUUGGUUGGUUUGAGCUCUCUCUCAAACUCUAACACUAUGUUUCGUUCAAGAAAUUUGUAAGGGAAAAGAAGACCAAAUGAGAGGGAAAAUAACUUUCUUGUUUGGUU